CCGCCUCACACAGCUGAAGCACUCUGCUCUGAAAGCUGGAAGACCAGGGGCUGAGAAUCAUGACAAGCAGAUUUUCUGCUUGUGUGCUGGCUUUACUGCACUUCUGUCGUUCCUCUGACUCCUAUGAAGCAUCGACGCUGCCUGAUAUUGGAGAUCCAAAGUUUAUUGAGGAAUGUGUGCAAACCCAUAACAGAUUCCGGUCUGGAGUGAAUCCACCAGCCAGCAACAUGCUCUACAUGAGUUGGGAUCCAGAUUUGGCAAAGACUGCCAAAGCUUGGGCAAAGAAAUGCCUGUUUAAACAUAAUACAUACCUCAGAGAUCCAGGGCAGGCUCACCCCACAUUUAGCCCUGUUGGAGAAAACCUCUGGACUGGCUCACUUUCUGUGUUUGCCGUGCAAAGAGCCAUCACCUCUUGGUACAACGAGGUCAGCGCCUAUGAUUACAGCUCCAAUAAAUGCAGAGGAACAUGUGGCCACUAUACCCAGGUCGUUUGGGCUACAAGCUACAAGGUUGGCUGUGCUGUCCACUUCUGUCCCAGGGUGCAGUACACCUCCAUAACCAAUGCAGCUCACUUCAUCUGCAACUAUGGGCCAGCUGGAAAUUACCCAGGGCGCCCAUACAAGAUGGGAGCAGCGUGCAGUGACUGUCACGGCGAGCAGUGUGCCAGCCAGCUGUGUCAAAAUGCAGAGCGUGACAAAGUCAUUAGUGAUUCCAGGUGGUAUCCAGACUGGGACAGACCUGCAUGUGACAAGUAUUGCAUCACCGUUAUUGCUUUAAGGCCGUUACUCCUUAUACUGACAAUACUGGCCAGCUGGCUCAUACCAAAAUACUGGUCUCUAAGCAUCCGCCAGUGAUCGAGACACAUGCAGAAGGCCACGAAGAGCACUUAGGUCCACUCUUCCCUUCCCUGCACAUACGUUACUGGCAGCUCAAAGAUCAGUAGAGACAUUGUUUGCAGCCACAGAUGAUUUAGAAGUACAGAAAUACUGUCUGUUGCAGGCAGCAACUAGGAGAGAUGAUAAGCAGCUUUCUCAUUACUCAGAACCAGUAACUGGUUUUAAACUACUCAUGUAUUUUCCAAAGGGGAGCAGUGUAAGCAAGAUCAACUGAGUAAGGGAGCACGCUGCCCAGGCAGCAUAGAGGUGCAGGCAGCUGCACACCAAACUUUGGGUGCCCAGCCCAGGAGCCUGGCCCCACCCCUGGCAGAGGCCCCAGGCAGAGCACGCACCUGCUCUCUCCUUGGACACUCCUCCAGCAAGAUGCAGAGGAGACAUUUUUAAUUUCAACACUUUUUCUAACAAUUUUUGGACCCCUAUGAGCCCCUAUGAGCUCUGACAUUUCCAUCCUUUGGUAGCCAGCACUGUGCACUGGGGCCACUGGUACUUCUCUUUGCUUAGAAUUUGGUUUUAAAUACACAUCAUCCAUGCCAAGACAUAGUUUCACCUGUGUUUACACAUGAUCACGUAUCACUGUAAUCUUUCCUCAUUGUUUUUUUUCCCUUUUUUUUUCUUUUUUUUUUUUUCCUUCUGAGCAUAGAGAUUUUGUCUGCUGUUUCAAACAAUAAAUCAUUAAUUCCUGG